AUGAGCGGAUUAGUUCACUGCGAAUUUAAACAUAUACCAUCGAAGAGAGCUGCUGAACAACUUGCUUCCAAUAUCGAAACUUUUGUUCGUCCAAACACAUUUGAUAAGAGAGGUAUAAGAAAUUGUGGAGAAAAUGGAAAUGAUAAAAUUAAUUUUACAUUGACACGUGAGGAGGCUAAUAAAGUUCGUGAUCAACUGGCAAAUGUAUUGCCAAAUGAAAGCUCACCUAUUUGGUUUAAUAUUUUCUCGAAUCCUCUUGAUUUACUUAUGCGACGUUCAUUAGCAGCAACUUCGGCUAAUAUUUACCAGCAAGGAACAACAUUUUCUGCAUCAUGUUUAUUUGGUUCACUUCGAUCAUAUAGUCAAUUUUAUUCACAUAAUUCAUUCGAUAAUAAAAUUGUUAAACUUUCGUUUAUACCAUCAAGAUCAAUACCAGAUACUUUAUAUAUUGAAUUUGAAGAUAUACGUAUUGUUAUUCCAUUUGUUUCAAUUCAAAGAAAGAAUAUUUUAGUUAAUAAAGACAAUGCAGAAAAUGGAAUUUAUGUUUUACUUCCACUUAAAUAUGCGCCGAAUGUUCAUCGAAUGGAACCAAUCAAAGGUGGAGAUAAAAGUGGUAAAAAUCUAAAUACUAAAUCAGUUCGAAUAUGUGCUGAUCAACAAAAUGUUGAAUUUGUUACAGAUAUUGCACAAUGUUCAGAUUUGGUCUUAUAUUUUAUACCACCAAAAGAAAGUGCUUGGAAGUUUCUUUCUUAUUUUUUAAUCGAUCAAUCUGAACGAUAUCAUAUUAAUUUUUCUACUUUCAAAAUAUCGAACUGGUCAACAGAGAAAAAUAAAAAUCAAAUACCCGAUCCAUUUAAUUAUAGAAAUGCAUCAUUUCAAGAUCGGUAUGCUCUACAGAUGCUUAUGUCACUUGGUUUUCUAUUUCAAGAUAAAUGGGCACAAUUAACUGAUCAAGAAUUAAAUUGGAAUAAAUGGAAUAUCGAUGAACGUUAUACUUUAUGUUGUUAUGUAGUUGAACAAUUAUGUAACGAUCAUGGAUAUGAUUUAAGACGAACUGAAAAAGAUUAUAAUGAAACAAAAAAAAGAACAGAUAGCAAUAUGGACGAACAGGCAAUAUUAGUUGGAAACAAACAACGACUUAAAGUUGCCUCUUGUACAUUAACACCAUUAAAUAUUAUCUUUCAGCCACUUGAAGUUACAACAGGAAGUCGAGCUUUAAGAAAUCCUCAAUUUGGUGGUCCAGAACGAUUUCUUCUUGUGCAUUUCCGUGACGAAGAUAAUCGACAAUUACGCGUGUCCAGUUCAAAUAUCAAGCAUAGAUUAAAAAAUGCAAUGCUCAAUGGAAUCGAAUUAUUGAAUAGAACUUUUAAAUAUAUGGGUGCAAGCACAGGUCAAAUGAAAGAAAUGGGCUUUUGGUUUAUUGAUUUACCUCCGAAUUUAAAAAAUAUGAAAGACGCACAUGAUUUACUAGGAAAUUUUGAGAAAAUCAAAAAUAUCUCUACAUAUAUUGCUCGUGUUGGUCAAUACUUUUCCACCACAUGGCCUAUAGGAAUUACGUUGGUUAAAGUAGCAAACAAAAGUAAUAUACGUUCAAAUGAUACAGUAUAUUAUGUUUAUGAAGACACCGAUAUCAAGAGAAACGAUGCCAAAGGAAUUGAAUAUUGUUUUACGGAUGGUAUUGGUAAAAUAUCAUGGGGUUUAGCUGGACGUGUAGCUCAACAAAUGCAUAUUCCUUUAUACAGCAAAGAAGAUAUUCCAUCAGCAUAUCAAAUACGCGUCGCUGGUUGUAAAGGUAUCGUGGCUAUUGAUCCAAAUUCAACACUGAAUGACUAUUAUAUUUCUGUACGUGAUUCAAUGAUGAAAUUUCCAAGUGAUGAUUGGAAUUUGGAAAUAUGUGAAUUUGCUCGACCUAUGACAUUAACAUUGAACAAUCAAGUAAUUCGUCUUCUAAGUGAUUUGGGAAAUUCUGAUGAUGUAUUUAUUGCUUUUCAAAAUCGGGGAUUUACUCAAUGGGAAGUUCCUGAAGAUCAACAACCGAGUGCAAUCGAUAUUGCAGUACAGAAAAAUGCUUCUUAUUCAUUAUCAAAAGAUAAUUUAAUUACAAAUCGUAUACCUAUUCCGCCAGAAGAUGGUCGAAAUUUAUUUGGUGUAGCAGACGAAACUGGCGAACUGAAAUAUGGUGAAUGCUUUAUACAGUGCUCAUUAUUAAAUGCAACAAACAAUGGUCAACGAAAAUUUCGCGUGAUUACUGGCCCGAUUCUCGUUACAAAAAAUCCAUGUCUAUGGCCCGGUGAUUUUCGUCAAUUGCAAGCUGUUCGUAAUCAUAAACUAGAAGAAUGUAUGCGCGAUGUCAUUGUAUUUCCAAUCAAUGGCCAUCGUCCACAUUCAAAUGAAAUAGCUGGCUCUGAUUUAGAUGGUGAUAAAUAUUGGGUUUAUUGGGGUGAUCGUUUAAGAAUAGAACGAAAUGUUGAACCUUUAUCAUAUGAAGCAGCAAAAAAAACAGAAGUAUCAUUAAUUAAUCAACAAAUCAUUGUUAAUCAUAUUGUUGAAUCAUUCGAAGCUGGAGUCAUUCUAGGCAUGAUCGCAAAUACUCAUACUGUUGUUGCAGAUCAACAUGAAAAACAUUCGUUCUCUGAACCUUGUAAAAAAUUAGCUGAAUUAUUUGCACUUGCAGUUGAUUCACCUAAAACUGGAAAAUUUGUUGAUAUAGCAGAAAUUCGACCAUUUCAAGCGAAAUAUUGUGAACGUUGGCCAAAAUUUAUGAGAAAAUUUGGUAAACCAACGUAUGACUCAGAUAGUAUCUUGGAAAAACUUUUUUUAAAAGCCGAACGUAAAUAUUAUGAAUGGCAUGAAAAGCCAGUGAUUAAUGCAUUUCCACAAAAAAUAAGACCUAUUAAAGAUUCAACAACAAUGGAAAUUCAAGAUCAUAAAUUUAAAAUAUGGCUUGAUGGAGAGAGUUCGACAGCAGCACCUAGAAUUGAUCCAAAAGUAAUGCCAUCAAAUCGAGAAUCCAAAAAUUGGAGAGUACAAGUUACGUAUCUUCCUGCGUCCAUUACGAUAGAGCAAUUAGCAGAACUAGUUAAGGUUCCUCCCUUACGUAUUUGUAUUCCAAAACACCAAAAAUUCAACACUUAUUUUGCCUGGAUUAACGAUUUUCAUGAUGAGCAACAUGCCAAUAAUUUCGUCCUUCGAAGCUCAGGUUUAACCAUUUCGAAUUUACGUAUAAAAUGUGUUGCCAAGGGGCCUGAAGGAAAUAAUGCGAUUGAUGAAAGUUCAAGACAUUUACCAAAAAAUCCGAUGGAUACUAUUCCUAAACAAACAAUGCGCACUGAAUCCCCUCAGUACCAGAAUCCAAUCUUGGAGAGAAUGCCCCAGCAACCACAACAUAGGAACGCACCGGAACGAGAACAGUUAAAUACUCCCAAUCCCGAGUACGAACGUGAACUCUGUCCUGAUGCAAAUAAAGGAACAUGUCAUUAUAAGACUGGUGAAUGUAAAUAUCGUCAUACAAGAUGUCAAAAUUAUGAUUCAUGUUUACAGUCCGAUUGUCGCCUAGCGCAUGCACAGCGUUCACAUGGUGCAAAUCUAUCGAAGCCUCGGAUGUGUCUUAGCGGUAUUACAUGUUAUAAUGAUACUUGUUUAUAUCAGCACCCGGAUGGUCGGAGUGUUUGUGCUGACAAAGCACAAUAUACUAAUUCUGGUUGUACUGCAAACCAUCCACCUUGCCCCAAAGAAUGUCGUCAUGGAAAUCAAUGCAACAAUACUAGUUGUAAAUUUCUUCAUCCGAAACGAACAGAUACUGCGUCUUCUACACCGUUCAUUAAUCAAAAAGUUGUACCUCAGCCUGCAAAGGGACCAGUACAAGAGAUAGUUGAAUUGAACGGUGCUCAGUAUAAUUUUCUUGAAUUUUUCGGCGACAAAAUUCUUAAUAUUAUUUGCAACCAACCAGGUAUUAAAGAUAUGAAAAUCAAAGAUGGUAAACUUCAAUUGACAGGUGAUAGUUCAGUAAUUGCAAAUAUGAAAUAUUAUCUAAAAGAAACACUUCAUGAGCAAUAUGCGACGAUCACCUUUAGCUUGAAAAAAUAUUUACAGACAAAAUGCAAACGACCUUUAUUGAAGCAUUUUUCACAAAAAUAUUCUGUGGGAAUUUUCUUCUCUCAAACAUCAUCAAACACUUCUGUGGAUACGAUUCGUGUUUAUGAUCAAAAUGAUAAUGAUCGUGAUGAUAAUCAGUUCGAAGACGAUGAUGAUUAUGAUGAUUCCAAAAGUGAUAUAUCGAAUGCAUCAUCAAAUAUAUCAACUAAAUCUGGCAAUUCUAGACCUCCUUAUACUGGCGCUCGUAGAUCUAUACAAGUAAUAUUAUGCAAUGAUUCAGAAGAGUUAUUAUCUAAAGCUACAAAAGAAUUACAAAACUAUUCUUUGCACAAACAAUCAUGGACAUUGACACAAGAUGAAAUUACUUGGAUUUUAAGUCAAUCACGAAAUGAAAAAUCUUUUCCACAAAAAUAUAAUCCAAUUCGUGAACAAUGUUUUCAAAUCAAAAACUAUCUUACUAGUCUCACUCAGUCUGGUACAAAUUCUAUCGUACAAAUUUUUAUAAAUUAUACAAAUGGUGUGUGGCAUGUCAUCGUAAGAGGAUUCCAAGAUCAUGUUAAAAAUGCUGUGCCGAAAAUAAAAAAUUGGCUAGAUGAUAAUGUUAAGGCUGAAAUACAACUUCCUAUAUCAAAAGUGAUGGCAAUUUUCCUUAGAACAAAAGCUUUAUCGGAUAUUAAAAAACUAGAAAAAACGCAUUGUAUAAAGAUAACAGUUCCAUUUUCAUCAUCUCAUCGUAAACAUAAAAAUGAUGAACAAGAUGAUAGUGAUCAUGAUUAUGUAAACCUGACUGGUUCUACCUCACGCAUUACUCUUGCUCAAACACAUGUUGAAGAUUUUCUUGAAAGUUUAUUCGAACAAGAAAAACAUUUUCCUUGUCAAACUUGGGAUGUUUCUAGGAAUAUUUGUGAUAUUGUUCGUAUGCGUCUAAAAAAACUUCAAGAUUCAGAUGAUUGUGAAGCAAUAGGAUGGGUCAAACAGUAUACACCACUCGAGCGAAGAGAAACAAAACCAAAAAUUACCAUAUCAAUAGUUGGUUUAAAUGAAGAAGCAGUUGAUGAUGUCACUGAACAAUGUCAAGAUAUUGUUGAAGGAUAUACGGUUUGGAAACCAUCUGGAGAAGAUUACCGAGCAAUGGUUAACGCAUUACUCGUGAAAAAAAUACCGUCACUCAAUGAAUUUUGCCGACAAUGGGAUGCUGAAAUACAACUGAAUCGAGAUACGAGCACAAUUACUAUUCCUGCACGGUCAAAAAUGAUCGCAGAGGAAAUUAAAGAAGCAUUGUUAAGUUUGAGAGAAGAAAAGAAAAUUCGAGUGGAACGUAUUUCUGAAUUCAUUCGUAUUCCAUUAAAUAUUCGUCGAUUUGUUGAUCAAAACAUCGGUUCUUUACUCGAUGAAGCGAAAUAUCAGAAAAUUUUUGUCGAAUCGAAAAAUCCUCAUGGAUUGACAUUACAUGGUCCUUCUGAAAUUAUCAUUAAAUUCAAACAAACGAUCAAUUCUAUUAUCAAUAAUAUUCAAACAAAGAUCAUUCCAUAUCGUUUACAAUUAACAUCGAUCGAAUCAGAUUUUAUGCGAACCCAUGCCUAUGAGCUAAUAAAAUGUAUUGAACGUGAAACAAAUACUAAUAUUCGAGAUGUUAACGCUGAGAAGAUUCAUUCUUCAUCCAAUAAGAAUGAUGAUAAUACGAACGCGACUAUCACAGCCGUUGUAAAUAAUCGUGGUCAAACGAUUGCCAUAGAGAAAGGUGAUAUUACAAAGGCACAGAAUGUUGAUGCUAUUGUAAAUGCAGCAAAUGGAACAUUACGUCAUGCAGGUGGUGUAGAUAAAGCAAUUGCUGGUGCCGCCGGUUCAGCAUUAGAUGAAGAAUGUAAACAAUUAAUUGCUAAAAAUAAUGGCUUACCUAUUCCUGCAGGUAAAGCAGUGAAGACAACAGCUGGUCGUCUUCAUUUUAAAUGUAUUAUUCAUGCAAUUGGUCCUCAGUACAUUGAUGGGAAUCAACAAGAACGUUCAUUAUUAUUUUCUUGUGUCUUAAAAUGUUUACAACUUGCUGAAAAUGAAGGUUUUGUAAGUGUUGCCUUACCAGCAAUUAGUGGUAAAACUUAUGGUUUUCCAUUGGCUGAUUGUACAAAUAUUGUGGUUCGUGCAAUAAAACAAUUCUUUGCUGAUUAUCCACAAUCAAAGCUAAAAAAAAUUAUUUUAUUAGACAUAGAUGAUACAGCAUGUAAUUCAUUUGCACGUGAAGUUUCGAUUAAUCAUAAUAAUACAGUCUUAGACAAUGAUGAUGAUAUUGUAGACUGUGAAUUACCUCCGUUAACGGCUAAAUGGUGUUGGCAAGCUGACAGUUAUGAACAAACAUAUAAUGAUAAUGAUAUACGUCGAAUCGAAAAUGCAUUUCAGCAGUAUUUAAAAGAUUCUCGUUCAUCUGAAUUAAUGAUUGCUGUUGAUACUUCUGAGAGUGGUGCUACUAUUGAUUAUAGUAUUCAUUUUCUUUCUCAUGUAAAGACAUUAGUAGCAAACAAUCCUAAUACACUCAAUUCUCGACUCGUAUGCGGAUUCCAAAUGAGAAAGGAUACUCGCUUUACAAGAGAUCUUAUUCGCCAUCCAGUAGUAUUAGUACAACAGCAACAACAAAACAAAGGAAAAUCUGUUAUUUAUCGUCCAAAACCAUUGGAUUCAUAUGAUACACAAAUAAUUAUUACCAAAGAGUGUUGGGAUAUUACUGGCAUCACCAAAGCAACAGUUGAUCAAGCACAGAAAGCGAUUAGAUCAGCCAUCGAUUCAACGACGAUUUCAGAAUCUUUCUCUAUAAAUUUAGACCAAAAUCUGGAUGAUCAUAGGAUGGUACUUAGUCAAAUUGUAGCUCAACAGCAUAUUAAAAUUGAUUUUCAACAAGAAUCUACAGGACAACUAUCAAUGAUAUUAAAAGGUUUGAAACCAAAUGUACAAGAAGCAAAAUUGCGAAUUGCUUUAUACGCUCAAGAUAUUUUGAAAAUACAGGUAGAGAAUGAUGAUGAAUUGCGCAUACCGAAAGAAUGGGGUGAUCAAAAAGAAGGAUGUAAUUUAGUGGAUAUUCCUAAAAAUGAUCCUAAUUUUGUUCGUAUUGAAAAUCGUAUAAAAGAAACUAUGCCUAAUAUAAAAAUUGAUAAAAUCGAACGAAUACAAAAUGUACGUUUAUGGAAUCAUUACGCAAUUCGUCGUCGAGAACUUAAAAAAGAAUUACGUGCUAUGCCUAAUUUACAAAUUGAAUUAGAACUAUUUCAUGGAACAAGAACUACACCACCUAGUGAAGUUUACAAUGGCGAUUAUGGUUUCGAUAUGACAUUUACCUCCAGUGGAUUGUGGGGAAUUGGUAUCUAUUUUGCCAAAAAUGCAUCAUAUUCUUGUGAGAGCUAUGUUUAUACUUUACCAAAUGGAAAAAAGCAAGUGUUUCUUGCUCAAGUUCUAACAGGAGAUGUAUAUGAUUGCAAGAGUGAUACAUCUUUACGUCGACCUCCAAAGAAAAAUGAGAAAGUUUCAAAUCUACGAUAUAAUAGUGUGUCAGGUGAUACAGGAGGUAGUAAAGUUUAUAUUGUCUAUGAAAAUCGUGUGGUUUAUCCAACUUAUUUAAUUACUUUUAUUCCAUAA